AGGUAUAUUAAAACAGCACAACUGAAUAUAUUGGUCAUUUGAUUCAAUUGUUACACGAAAUUCUGGAUACAAGCUAUGAAGUUUCAUUUCAGAUCACAGUUUGUAUGGUUCAUGUGGUUACUAGCCGUAUUUGUUGAAGGAAACAAUUAUACUGAAACAGACAGUGAAAAUGCUUCAAAUUUUGUGACCCCGCCCAAUACUCAUUCAGUUGGAGCUAGUACCAUUUCACCAGUUUAACCUGUCUGAAAGGAUUUACAUCAGAUGAACUCAGUGUAUUCAUGGUUUUCGCUCGCAUAGUAACUCCAGUUGUUUUCGGUUUGAUACUAAUUAUUGGAUUUGUCGGUAAUUUAUUUGUGAUGAUUGUUGUUCUAGCCAAUGCUCAAAUGCGCAAUACUACAAACAUUUUAAUAUUCUCGCUUGCUGUUGCUGAUAUGGCGUUUAUAGUUAUUUGUGUUCCUUCUGCAGCAAUAGUUUAUGUGACUGGAAAAUGGCCAUUAGGGUUAUCACUUUGUCGAGUUUAUUAUUACUCUUCUUAUGUUUCUGUGUACUGUAGUGUUUAUACCUUGGUAUUGAUGAGUUUAGAUCGUUUCAUGGCAGUUGUUUAUCCGAUUCAGUGUAUAAAUAUGCGUACGCAAAAAAACACAACAAUUGCAGUAAUUAUCACGUGGACUGUAGUUCUUAUUACUAAUACACCGUUAUUUCUUGGUGCAAUCCUAGUGAGAGGGCCGCCGGAAGGUGGUGAGAGUUCUUGUGUUACAGAAUACUGUACAUAUUCAUGGUUGGUUAACUUUGAUGAGAAGACGAACAUUGCAAGAGAUAAUCGACAUGGUGGCCAAAUGUUCUUUCUGCUGUUCUUUUUGUUUGGAUAUUUGUUUCCAUUUGUCAUAAUCUGCUUGUUAUACAUCUGCUUAAUAUUGAGAUUGCGUUGUGGUCCAUCUUCGAAGAUGGCUCACUCGGCAGAAGCACAACGUUCAAAAAAACGUGUAACUCAUUUGGUUGUAACUGUAGUCAUUGUAUUCGGUAUUAGUUGGCUUCCGAUUCAUGCAAUCUUUUUAAUACAAUAUUACGCGAAAGAUCCAGAGACUGAUUUAUUCAGGAUUAUACAAAUAUUAGGAAAUUGUCUAGCUUAUGGAAAUAGUAGUAUCAAUCCAAUACUUUAUGCAUUUCUGUCUGAGAAAUUUAGAACUGCAUUCCUAAGACUCAUUCGUAGUCGUAAAUCAAAUCCGAGAACCGAAAGACUGAAACAGAAAAGCUUCGAAAACGCAACAGCUAUAGCUACAUAAAGAUAAAUGAAACAAAAUCCAACUCCUGGGAAUUUAUGUAAUUUUUUCCCAAGUUAUUAUAAACUGAAUUUCUUGCCAGUAAUGAAACAUUUAAAUGCAAAGUGAGUGUGUACAAAUCGUUUAUGUACUAUAAAACAGAUGUUUGAAUCAAUGAAUAUAAAACUCUUACGCGUCUUCCUUAAAGGUUUACAAAGUCGCAUGAUAAUCGUUGAAGUAUAUACACAUAAUUAUAUUCAUUUUACAGAUAUCUUUACACAUAUAAUUAAUCUUUUCUGUAUAAAGAUAUAUGUCUUUAUCAUUCCCAGAGAAAUAUAACGGUUCGCAAAUCGCUGAGGACCGAAAAACUGAUUUUUGUAAAUUAUUUAAGGUGAUUUUUCGAUGUAAC